UCUACUUCUGUUUCAGUCACGAUUGGAUCUUGCUUGAGCUUUUUUUUGCUGUUGUUUCUUGUUCGCGAUAAAGAAGAAUCAUGGCCGAGGGUCGCUAUCUUGUGCUGGCACUGUGCACCCACCUUGCUUGGGGGAUGUACCAUCCCGUGGUGCGGUACCUGCAAAACGUCUCCAACCCGGCCCUGACUGCGAUGUACCUCCUCGGCGGCGGGCAUUUUCUCAGCGGGAUUGUCAAUAUGUGCAGCUCUUUCUUAUGUGGCUCGGGCGACAAAGUCUCAAGUAGUGAGAAGACGGCAACCGCUUCAGAUCAAAAAGAUACGGAAAUGAACAACACUGCCGCUGUAAACGAACCGUCCAGACCAAGCGAGACUAAAAAGCAGCCGACGUCUUUUGCGCAAAAAGCGGUGUUUGGGUCCGCCUACGGACUUUUGACACUGAUCCGCGCUCUGACCAACAUUCUCUCCGCCUCGCUCACGCUGGCGUUUUACAUCCAGAGCGUCUCGUUGCUCAAUCCGUACGUGGUUGCGCUCUUCAGCAUGCUUUUUCUCGGGGAGAAAAGCCGACCACGCGGCUUCUGUGCAUCCUGCUUCGUGUGCAUGGUCGGGUCGUUUUUCGUUAUCGCAGGCGAGAACAUCACAGAAGGCCGAGCGAGGAGUUCGCAUUUGCGGGAAUUGGUUGGUACUAUCACGGACAUCGUACUUACACCCGGUUCGACUGACGCAAAGGACCAUGUAGACGGAGCGAGACCUCCUGCAUCUUUGGCGUCGCUGUGGUCGGAAAUAACCGCUGCCGAUACAAGAAGACUCUCGCCGGAGAGCAACACAAUCAACGACGCGUCAAGAUUUUCGGCACCAGCAUCAAAAGCCUUUUCUCUCGAGAACACCUCAUCUAGUACCUGGUCGGCGCCAUGGUCGCUGUUCUCGGUAUUCUCACCCGCACCCGCCGAAAAACACGAGGACAUGAUACCAAGAGAAAAUUUUUCAACUCGGCAACUCACAGGUGGCCCAAUUUCCGGACUCCCGUUUUUCGGCGCCAAGAAGCCAAGUUCAUCGGGCGCGUCGAAACAACCAGCCGCGAUGAAUAACAGCAAUAAUCCUUCGGGAAGUAAAUCAUUUUUCAGCAAAAAUAUCAACGCGCAAAAUCCCGGGGUGCGGAGCGGCGAUAUCGUGCCGUUCACGAAGUACGGCAAUGCAGACACGACCGUAAAUCCGAGAUCGAAAAAAGAUCCGAACCAUCCCCUCCGCAUCAUUGCGGGCGUGUUUCUGCAGGUUUUCUCCAUCCUCUGUUCGGCCCUGAUGCGGGUCAGCAUGACCCUCACCUCCAAGGUCGGUUUGGGCAAGCAGGAGCUGGCUUUUUAUCAGAACGUCAUGAACUUCGUCCCCAUUUUGAUCAUCACUUUUUUUGCCGAGGGCUUUUCCUUCCGAGGCUGGCUAAUUUUCACGAAACUCGGCGCCUUCGACUACGCACUUUUCCUCGUUUUCUCGCUCGUCAUUUUCUACUGGGCAAACAUUCAGCAGAUUAACGCGGUGCGACACCUUGGGCCGACUUUGUACAGUAGUUUCCAGCCGCUCCGCAUGCUUUCCUCCCUGCUGGGAUCCCUGUUUAUCCUGCACGAACCGGUAAAGUCCUGGCUCUCGUGGGUCGGGAUCGCGAUGCUGUGCGUCACCAUUUCGGUCUACUUCGGGCUGCAGGUCUACUUCAAAAACGCGCCCGUGAGGAAGAAUUUUGCGCCCAUGGGGGUCACGGCGGUGGAGGGGCAGCAGGGAGCAGCGGGGGCGGUGAUUCCGGUCGGGAAAGCGCGAGCGGGACAAGCAGCGGCGGAGUAAGGGCCGUCCUAGUAGAAAUCAGCCUACGAUGAGGUGGAUCCCUGUCUCGGCAUAUUGAUGACAUGUUUUACACAACUUUUGUUGAAAUUUUGAUGCGCUAUGUAGCGCGUUGUACUUGUACUACGCAUGCACAAAGCAAGGGAACGAACGUUUUGUAUGCAG